AUGGCACUCGAAUAUGAAGAGCUGGAACUUCAGGCUGAAAACGGAAUUAUAGAUGCCGAUAUUUAUGCCAAAUUAUUAGCCAUAUAUCUUCUACAGAACGAUUUAAUUAGUGCAAAGUUUUUAUGGAAGCGAAUACCCGAGGAUACCCUCAAGGAGUGUAAAGAAAUAAGAGCUGUAUGGGAAAUAGCUAACUGUAGAAAUAGGGCUUUUCAGCUGGUGAGUAGGGCUUAUGACAGUAUUAGUUGGAAAGAUUUAGCGGCUAUUGUUGGUUUAUCGGUUGAAGAUGCCAUCCAAGCUGCAACAGAAAGAAGCUGGACGGUAGAUGUAGAUUCCCAAAUGAUAAUGCCAACGAAGAUAGUCGAUGAUACACAAAUUAAGAAUAUUACCAAUGAACAAUUAAAGAAGUUGACGGACUAUGUUACUUACUUAGAGAAUUAAUCUUAAUUCUGUUGCCUUUACUUUAAUGCUAUAAGUACUAUGUUAGCUUUCUUUAGUGUAUAUUCUAUUCCACAAUCCAAUCGUACUGGACAAUGUACGGUGCUAUGGCGUUGACAUGUAAAAUUUCAUCGACUGUAAAUACUUUUAUUAUUGUGGAUUUUCCUUAUGAAAAUUAGGAAACUACUUAAUUUUUGAGUUGUAUUCAAUUUGAUCAAAAUUAAUAAAUUUC